AUGGAAGAACCAGCAACGAGUACAUGCAUGUCUGGCAAUUUUGACGGCUCCAUGCAGUCAACUAUUGAAAAACUCAUUGAUAUCCCAGUACAUCAGAAGAUCAUUACCAACUUGGUGGCCUUGUUUAACUAUUUUGAUAUAUAUGCACCUAAGAUGGAGUUGCUUUACAAGAUUGUAACAGUUCUAAGAUUCUUUCAACUCUUUGGAGGCGCUUUAAUGGCUUCAAACACAACAGUUUUCCUACCAGGAUCAUUAACUUAUAAUACAAUCAGUAUAAUGUCAGUGUUUUUCCACUUGAUACCAUGUCAAUAUAGAAAUGGGAUAGAGUAUCUUGCACUCUUUGCUUUGAACACUAUCUUAUUCUUAUUUGCGAUAUAUCUCCUAAUCGCAUCUUCUUACUACAAGAAAACUAGCAAAGUUUCUAAGGUAACAACAUAUGUUUUACCUGUAUUCAUGGCAACUGGUCCAUUCCUCUUCCUUCCAAUCUUAGCAGAAUUUUGUGGAGAAAUUCUUUCAGGUGCAAUUUCUGGUAAUCAUCCUGUUAAAAUAACAGAAUAUAUAGCAGUAGCAGAAUCUUUAGUUAUUACAGUAUUCUAUUUAUGGUUAUUGUUUCAAACUUUUACUACAACUUUAAUUUUCAGAUCUUGUUCAUUCAAAUCUCUUGAAGGAGGGCCACAAAACAAAUUACUUCUAG